AUCCUCAUUGCCACAACCACAAGAGGAUAAGAAGCGAAAAACAGAGACAAGGAAGGCAACAAGUCGUCAGCCAUGGCGCUCUCCCUCUCCACCUCCUUCCUCCCGACCCCUGCCGCCGCCGCCGCAAGAACCGCAACCGGCACCUUCCGGUCCGUCGUCCCCUCCCAGAGGAUGAGGUGCUCGAUGCGGAAGAAGGGGCUGCACCCGGAGAUCUUCCAGGACGCGAAGGUGUACUGCAACGGCGAGCUGGUGCUGGUGACGGGGGGCACGAAGCCGGAGUACUCGGUGGACGUGUGGUCGGGGAACCACCCCUACUACGUGGGCGACUCGUCGGCGCUGGUGGUGAUGGACAGCCAGAUCGAGAAGUUCCGCAAGAGGUGGGGGCACGUCAAGGAGUACUGGACCAAGGAGCAGUGGCUGGAGAUGCACCCCAACGGCGACCCCGAGUUCGAGCCGGAGGACGACUGAGACCCGCAAAAUGAUGCCUUUGCCUCUCCUCCUCGUCGUCCUCUUCGUUUUCCGCUGUUAAUUCCCGAACUUAAUUAUACUGGUAGUUUGCUUGGCUUGAUUCCCCAUUUGUGCCGUGUGCGCGCGUUCAGUUGAUGGAUUUUGUGCAUCUGGGCAUUGCAUUUGCAUUGUCCUAGAGGUGUUCGAGUAAUGUUCACAACGACUCUAGUAUACUUCCAGUAUGUGUCAACGUUCUGCUUCCUCUCAA